ACGCAACAUGUGUUUUGUUCCGAACCGACGAAUGCCUGUAUAUUUGAUGUGCGAGGUGACACGAAAAGCGGGCCUUUGAGCUCAGCACCAAUGCUUGUAGUCAUGUCUUCCGAUCCGCAGCUUUGGUCGUGCUUCCCUUGCGUCACCAAAGAUGAUCCCCUCCUUGCGCUCCUACGACUUUGUUCGUAGCCUUCAAUGACCUAUUGCUACUAUGGCCGUCAACUAUUUCGCAAACCCACCACCCGGUCUAGACUUGACUGAGUCCCGAACUGCUUCCAACAAUGCCGUUGGGAUUAUUCUCUUCGUUUUGUCGGUUAUCUUUGUCGGGCUACGACUACUGACGAGACUGCGGUUGAAGCGCGAGAAACUUGGUCUGGAUGACUAUUUCAUGUUUCUUGGGUUAGCACUCAAUGCAGGAAAUCUGGCAUGUUGCGUAGCUGGUGGAUUCUACGGCCUAGGGAAGCAUAUAUGGUCCCUUGAUGCCUAUCAAAUGCGACAAAUAACUAUCAUCACAUUCGCCUAUGUUUUCAUCUACGCGUGGAGCGUUUGCAUGAUUAAAUUCUCGAUUCUUGCCCUUUACCAUCGCAUCUUUGGUAUGACUUGGAUGGGCUGGUUCUGUGUUACACUUACCGCAGGUUAUUUAAUCACUAAUCAUAUUGUACUGCCUUUGUACACAAAACCAAUCGAUUACUACUGGAAUCAGUGGAACGAAGGCGCCGAGGGUGUUGUUCAGGUAGAUGAAGCAAAGUUCUAUCUUGGCGUUGGAAUAAUCAACCUGUUUGGUGACAUCUGCAUCUUGACUGUCCCCAUCUCGAGCGUUGUACGACUGCGCCUUGCAAGGACACAGAAGAUCGCGAUAUCGUUGAUCUUCCUGCUUGGAAGCUUUGUGUGCUUUGCCUCCAUGUACCGAAUUAUCACCAUUACCCGACUAGUCAGCUCGCCAGACAUCAGCUGGGCCAAGAGUGAUGUCUUCAUUUGGUCCUCGGUAGAACCCUCAGUCGGCAUCAUAUCAGGCUGUCUACCAACUCUUCGGCCGUUGAUGCUGUACAUCCUGCAGUCGUGGUUCAACUUCGUACCCUCCGACCGAUCUUCUAGCGGCAAAGGAGCGCACUCGAUUACCCUGAAUCCCAUCGAAACCAUUGGAAAAAAACGGACGCGCAAAGUCUCAGAACAUGAUACUCUUGGCGAAUCCCUGUUUACGGAACUCAACGAUGAUGGAGCUGUGGAAGGAGAGAGACAGGGACAGCAUUCAAGAGCUUGGAGGCCAGAUGAGGAUGAGAUGUGUCUUACGACAACUACUGUACAUGGACGCAGUGAUAGCAGAUCUGCGACUGAGCGCACUUCACCGGUGGACAUGGACGGUGGGGGGAUUAAUGUGACGAAGGAGUUUGAGUGGGACGUAGCGACGCGGACUGCUUAUUGUUGGAAUGGUAAGUAGUAUUGGGUUCGAGCAGCUGACGUGUAAAAUAUAAGGAAGGAGGAUGAUUGCAAAGAUUCGAUUCUCAAUCUCAACGCAUCAUCAUUGUCAAGAUGAUCAUAGUGGGGUAAUUUAUAAUGCGUUUCCAAGGUAGCUAUAGCACGCAGACCAGCACGUGUCCCAAGGGACAGUCAAUGGAGCAGUCAAUGGAGCAGUCAAUGGAGCAGUCAA